AUGGCGCGUAUGCGGAAGGAGUCUGAACAGGAGAGGGUGCUGCGCCAGAGGUAUGAGCGGCUGAAACGGCUUCACCGGCGACAAAUUAUGAGGUGGCACCAGGAGGUGCGCCAACGGAGGCAGUGGAAAAAUGGCGACCACAGAGAGAUGCGGCCUUUAGACGAUAGUGAGCUGCGGGCUCGAGAAGGUGAAAGGGUGGCGGAUCGAAAAAGCGACUGGAUACUGCCAGACGACAGAGGAAUGCCGAAGGACGAUGAGGAGUGGAGGCCAUCAGACGAAGAGGGAGAACGGAGGCGAAGGCAGCACCAAAGGAGAAGGAAGCACCAUCGGAGCAGACACGAAGCGCAGAAGAAAGGCCGCAAAAGGAAGGAGACUGAGGAACCCCAAGAAACGAGGCACCCCCAGAGCCCCUACCCAACCUUGUUGGAAAAAGGCAAAACGAAAGGGAAGGAACACCCAGGGGGAAGCAUAAGAAAGGGAGAGAAGCCCCAUUUAUAUGAUGAGGUAAAUCCCAGAGAGAGCGACAAAAUGGGGAGUGUUAACAAGCCCUUGGAGCGAAAACGCAGCGACGGUAGCAGCGUGGUAGAGGGGCGCACAGUAAUAACGUUAGCAAACGGGGAUAACACAAGUGAGAGCAAAGGGGGUGCUGCUCAUGUGCAGCAAGGAAGGAGCGGUGAAGGAGGGAUUCAGGGGGGGGUGCCCAUGUGGGGGGGACAAUCAAACGGUGAAGCAGGAAUUCAGGGGGGAAUGCCCAUGUGGGGGGGACAAAUGAGCAGCGAAGGAGCGAUUCAGGGGGGGAUGCCCAUGUGGGGGGGACAAUCAAACGGUGAAGCAGGAAUUCAGGGGGGAAUGCCCAUGUGGGGGGGACAAAUGAGCAGCGAAGGAGCGAUUCAGGGGGGGAUGCCCAUGUGGGGAGGACAAAUGAACAGCGAAGGAGUGAUUCAGGGGGGAAUACCCCCGUGGGGGGGACAAUCAAACGGUGAAGUAGCGAUUCAGGGGGGAAUACCCCCGUGGGGGGAAGAAACACCAGGGAGAGAGGCCUCGACCGAACAAGAGAAGUUACAAGAUGAAGAAACAGAAAGCUUUACCUUUAAGAAGAAUUUGGAGAGGGCACAAAAGCAAAUCGAUCAGUGGUUAGACAUGUGGGCGAGCGCAGGGGUGGACGUAUCGAAGCUUACGAGGAAAGACCACCUACAAAGCAUGAGAGCAAAAGCGGCGAUGAUGCUGGCCAGGUGGGUGGCAAAAGAUAAGGACGACGAAGGAUACUGCUCAAGUGAAAAUGAAAAAAAAAUGGAAGCUAAGAAGGAACAGAUAGCUCAGCAGAUUGCCAAUGAACAGAAAAAACUCAAACAGUGUAGAAGGGUGUGGAGAGAAAGGAUGGUCAGGAGGAUUAACAGGAGGAAACAAAAAAUUGAAGAGCUUAAACUGGAGCAUAAGAGAGUUAGGCAGAAAUACUUUGACAUUUCAAAGGCGAAAAAACAGACACCAAUCACCAUCCGUAGGAAGGCAGAUCUGUGGAUGCAUGAGUGGUUCAAAAUUAUGGUGGGGGGGCAUAUCCGAUGGCAAUAUGAUAUAUGGGGGAAGGACAUGUGGGCUAUUUUUGAGGCACAGAGGAGGGAGCAGCAGAAGAAAAAUGAAGAGGAGGAUGCCGAGGGUGCUCAGAAAAAGGUGAACGAUGAAAUGAUUACUCAGGGUGAAUGUGUCGAGGAUGUGAUUGGCGAGGAGGAGGCCAUUCGAGGUGCCUCCUCUAGGGUGACCCCUGAGGGGGGCGCGGCCGUCGAGGGGAAGCCGCUGCGGGAAGUGGCCGCCAAAGAGAGGCACAAGCGGCGUGAGGCCAUUAAGGGGAAGAAGCAGCGGGGGGGGGCCACUAAAGAGAGGCACAAGCGGGAUGGAUCCACCAGAGGGAGGCACCAACGGGAUGAGACAAUCAGAGGGAGGCACAAACGGGAUGAGGCCGUCAGAGGGAGGCACAAGCGGGAUGGAUCCACCAGAGGGAGGCACCAACGGGAUGACGCACCUGCUCGGGGAAAACCCCUGCAUGAUGUGCCUAAUCGUGGCAAACCGAUGGGUGGUGCGGCUGCGCAGGGCAAACGGAUGGAUGGCGAGCCUGUUCGAGGUACCCCUAGCGAUGACGCUCCUGUUUUCGACAUGCAUAUGGGGGAUGCGCCUGCCUGGGGAGAGCUCUCGGACGAUAAGACGACCCGCGAGAUGCUAUCCCGUGAUAAGGCCACCUAUGAGGAGCUGUCCGAUCAUAAGCACUUCCUUGAGGAGCUCUCCGAUGAUAGGCGCCUCCUUGAGGAGCUGUCAGAUGAUAGGCGCCUCCUUGAGGAGCUCUCCGACGAUAAGCGCUUCCUUGAGGAGCUGUCAGAUGAUAAGCGCCCCCUUGAGGAGCUGUCCGACGAUAAGGACAUGCAGGAUGAGCUGACCAAAGAAUCUGUUUCGCUGAUAAGGGCCUUAAAACACAUCGCAUCCCUGGACACCCUGUCGCUGGACACGGAAUCGCUAGAUAGCAGUUCGAAGGGCAGCCCUUUGAGAGAUCAAUCUGAAAAGGCCUCCUCAGCGAAGCGGUCAUCAGAGGAGCGCUCCACAGCGAAGCGGUCAUUAGAGGAGAGCUCCACAGCGAAGCGGUCAUCAGAGGAGGGCUCCACAGCGAAGCGUUCAUCAGAGGAGCACUCCUCAACGAAACGCUCCUCCCAAAGUAGUUCCUCCUCCUCCAACAGCACCUCCUCCAGAAGCUCCUACUUUGGGACGCCCUCCCUAAGCUCCUCCUCAUCAGGCUUCGGAUCGCCCAAUGGUGGUGCCCCUCCCGGCGCGCCGAGGGAGGAGAGGAGGAGCGGUCCAGCUGAUCCAAGCGGUGAAACGGAAUAUAGCGAGAAGGGGGAAGGGGGCUCUCCCCAAGAUGGCCAGCUGCACCGGAAGGGCGAUGUAGUGGAGGGGGAAGUGGGGGAAGAAAUGGAGGGGAAAAUGGAGGGAGUAAUGGAGGGAGUAGUUGAGAGAUCAGUGGAGGGAGUAGUGGAGGGAGUAGUUGAGAGAUCAGUGGAGGGAGUAGUGGAGGGAGUAGUGAAUGGAGGUGUGGAGAGAUCAGUGGAGAUAUCGGGGGAGAUAUCAGGGGAGAGAUCACUGGAGGACGAUUCCUCUCCCGAAGAGAGUUGCGAAGGAGGAGAGGACAACUCGUACGGCAGAGCGCAAAGAGAAAGCGUCAUACCGAUUCCGAACAAUGUGAUGGCUGAUGAGAAGAAGGCGAGUGCGGUCAUUUCGAGCAGGCAUGCCGGGAGGGGCGGCGGCACGGGUAGCGGUAGCGGCAACAGGAAGGGGGACGGCAUCGACGGUGAUGGAGGUGACAGCGGCGGUGGUGGCGAUGGUGGCGAUGGUGACGACCGCGACGACCGGGGGAACAAACGCGAGAGGCACGUUAAGAACAAGGAGAGGAAAAAGAUCUCCCUGUUCGGCCAGGUCAAACCAGUAGACACAAUCAACCGAGGGGUGGACGCCUACCCGAUUUUACGUGGCGAGCAAAACCUAUAUGUGGAUGUCCUGAUCAUCGGCUCGGGUAUCUCCGGACUGGCUGCCUCCUACUACCUAAACAAAUGCAACGCAGAUGUAUUAGUCAUUGAGGGAAGGAAUCGGAUUGGAGGAAGAGCCUACUCCACCAUUCUACCCGAGAGGGUAAUAAAUAACAACCUGCUCCCCGAAACGGUGGUAGACUUAGGUGCCAACUACCUUCACUGUUGCGAAAAUGCAGAGGUACCAACUGACAAUAAGGCUCAUUCAAAUCAGGGGGGUAAAACAAACGAAGGGGACUCCUCCACAAAGAAGGAGACACUCUCCAUGGAGUCGGGGCUAUCCAUGGCUAGUACCGAUAAAGGGACCAUUGGGAAGAGUAAAAAAGGAAGGAAAAAAAAAUAUUAUAAGAGUAGUAGCAAAAGGGUGAAGUGUAGAGUUGCACGUCGUGAGAAGGAGCUGCUUGAUCUUAUGGACCCCAGUAAGAUAGACGAGAUGGAGAAACGGCUAUCAAAUAAUGUCAAUCUGUUUAAGCAGCAGUAUGCGCAAUUGAUGGCCCGGUUUGGGAAGAUUCCCCUGCGCGGGAGGGCCCACCAGGGGGGAAGAGAUCACCCCUCCAGACAAGGUGGCAACAGCGUUGGAGAGAUAUCACCCCCCCAAAAGCGUGCAAACCGCCGCUUCGCGAGAUGGACCAACCGGCCGGGCGAAGACGACGACGCGCAGCACUCCUACAGCGACUGCAACUACUUCCAAGCGAGGAAGCAACAAAAGGAAAAGAAAAAAAAAAUCAGAAAAAAUAUCCUCUUCAUGGUGAAAUAUAACGUGGACAAUAUUUGCCACCUGUACAGCUACGUAUACAAAUUGAGGGGGUGGAAAUGGCGGAAAAGGGACUUACUGCACUUCCUAAAAGAUAUGGAUGAAAAUAUUUGCCUGCACACCUACCUGAGUGACAGCUGCCUCAGUGGCGAUUCCUCCGCUGAAUCUGCCGAAUCUGCGGAGUCCGCCGAGCCCGCCAAACCCGCCGCUUCCCCCUGGGGAGGCAGAGAACGCCCACUCGCUAACCAACCGCAGCAGUGCUCCAAAAGCGAAAACAAAAAAUUGAAAAUUCUCUCCGUCAAUAAAGACACGAGAAGGAGGAGGGCCUACGACAAGUCCGUAACUCAACUGGCAAAGAAACUCAAACCAAAAAUUUCCCUCGUGUGUGGAAAGGACAACUGGGAAUCCACCUUCUAUGCCUACUGGUACAAUAACGAAAAUGGGAAAAAAAUUAAGAGCUUUAAAAUUUAUAGGAUGAAUUUGCUCUGUGACAAAAUUAGGGUUAGGGCUGCCCGGAAAAUUAAAACAUCCCACUUCAUAAAUAAUAAAGGGCAUGACACGACGGUUGAUAGUUAUCCCUCCUGUGUGAACUUCCCCGGGGGGGGGACCCAUCCUUUGGGAAAGGAUAAAGAGCACCACUCCGUUUCGGUGCAGGGCCGAAAGGGGGUGCACGACGGGUAUGAGGCAAAGGGGAGAGAGAAGCUAACAGAGCGGCAGCAAUCGAGUGAGCCGCACAGUACAGUUAAGGAGAACACCCCAGAAAGGGGUACCCCAUCACCUCCCACCAGUACGCACAUCUCAGAGGAACAAAGAGCGAAGCGAAUGAAGGUGGCAGGCGACUCCAGGGCGAAGAAGAAAAGCACGUGGACGGGCCAAGGGGUAGAAAACUAUGACAAAGAUUUAAUUGUCUACGAAAAUUACUACGACUAUGGAGAGGAGUACUACCGAAUUGUGAGGAAGGCCACUGACCCAGUGGUGCAAAGUGAUAAGAAAGAUAUAAACAGGACAUUUCUCUUUAAGGAAAACAAGGAAAGGAGAAGCAUGUGGGAUCUAUUAAUAGAAUGCACAGAAGAAAUACUCGAAGAAAUGAACAUCCACCAGGGUAAUUUCUCCCUCGAGGAAUGGAAAAUAUUAAUGGUCACUCUACAGUCUAGGUAUGGUUAUGGAAGUGACCUUAGGGAAACCUCCAUAGCCAUGUCAAGACUCCCAUUUCCCACCCACAGCGAUAUUGACGUAUGUCCGAACUAUGGCACGGAUGAUUAUAUUUUAAAAAAUAUAAAAUAUUACAAUAAAAUUAAAAAAUAUGAGCAGAUUCCUCAUGUGGCCAGCUUUAAGGAUACCACUAGUGCAGAUCAGAUCGUCCUCGACGGGUGGAAGUGGCUCAUCAACUUUCUGUCUGAAGAUGUUCAGAAUAGAAUUCUCCUCAACACAGUGGCUGAGGUGGUCCACAUAAAGGAGGAACGUACCUUUUGGGGUGACAACUCCCAAUUUGUGCAUCAUCCAGCUGAUCAGCGGGGUGAUCAUCUGUUGAUUAACACCCCGGGGGGGGUCACUCCAGGUGGGGGGACCCACACUAAGACCUCCAUGAGCAACUCCCCCCAGGGUGUAAGGGCCUCCACUGGGAACUACCCCUAUGGUGACGCCUUCGUGGAGAGUACCGCCCAGCACAGCAAGGAGAUUCACUUUUCCCAGAACACUCAUCACACGGGGGUCUCCAAAACGGGCCGCGAAUCCAUCCAAAGCCUCGAACUGCUGCAAAACCGGUGGCAGCCAGGGGACAAGCAAGAAAACUACAACGUUAUGGUGCAGUGCAAAAGCUACGACACGUCGAAGAAGCAAAUCAACCGGCAUUUCCAUGGCACGUCGGAUCUCUCCAAUUGCAACUAUGCUAAUGUAAACAUCUUUGCCAAGUACGUCAUUGUGGCCUUGCCCCUUGGGUGCUUAACAAAUAAUGAAAAAAAAAAAAAAAAAAAAUCUCAUUUGCAGUUUGAACCCAAGUUACACCCACUGAAAGUUAAAGCCUUGAAUAAUUACCGAAUGGGGAACCACAACAAAAUUAUUUUACGAUUUUAUCCGUUCGAUUUUGCCUGGCCAUUUGAUAGCCUGCAGAUAAACUGUAUGGACCAAAAAUUUCAGUUCCUCAAUUUGCACGCCUAUGGGAAAGUUGGCUGCAUUUUGGUGCACUGCUUCCCCCCCUGGUCAUGCACCUAUGGGUAUAUUAAAAAGGAACAUUACAUAGUGAACGAAUGUCUAUACACUUUGCAUAAGAUGUUCGAAAACACUGGCAAGAAGCUACCCAUCCUCGUUGAUUAUAUAAUUACCAAGUGGCAGGAUGAUAACUUUUCCUUUGGUUCGUAUGCCUAUCCGUAUGUCAACUGCACUGAUAAUGAUUUAAUUUACUUGAGGGCUCCCCACCCGAUUGAUAACCCGAAAGUCGUCUUCUGUGGGGAGUACCUUUCCAAAAGCUACUUCCAGUGUGUAGACGGAGCGUACGAUACAGGCAUACGGGCAGCUGAAGAUAUCGCCCACAUUGGGCUGAAGUUAAGAAGCACCGACGUGAAGUGCUACAAUACGGAUGUUUUUUUCUUCCCAAAGGAUACCUGCCCGUUUACCAACAUUCCGUUGCCCAAGAUAAAAAAUAACUUACUGGGAUUUUACAUAACGGAUGGAAGUGAUGAAGCGCUCACUGAUUAUGAAAGCUCUUCCGAGGACGACGAUGUGGCGAGCAUUUCCGACGUUCCUUUGUCUCUCCUAAAGGGGGAACACGACUUCUUGUCCUACUCGCUAAACAAAGUUCUGAAAUUUUUCGACCACCUGAAGGGUGAAGAAGCCAUUUGCACACCUGAGGGGAAGCAAAGGGGAGGAAGACCGAAGAAGCAGAGUAGCGUAGAGGGGGGCGGCGGCAUACCUGUAGGGCCAACCCAUACAGAUAUGCUCAAUCGCAAGAUGGAUUCCCAACCAGGGGGUGGAAACUUCGCCGAGAAUUUAGCCCGCAAAUGGCUCGCUUCGGGGUCACUCGAUGUGCCCCUGAACUUGUUGGCCGAGGGCACAGAAGGGUUACCCCUCGACUGGUUCUCAUCCAGGGGAGUGGAUAUGCCAAGGGAUUUACCCGUCAAAUGGCUGGUCUCUUGGCCAGACAAUUUCACUACAGAAAAUAGCUUAACUAGGUCACGCAUCCCCCCCGCACAUUUGCUAAACACACAGGGAAGGAGCGAACGGUGCACAUUUCUGAGCAACUACGAUGAGUUCAGCUUAUACGUGGACAAAUACAUAAUCAAAGUGAACGACGUGAUUUUCCACAAUUACAACCAAAUUGAAUUAAAUUCGAUAAAAGAAAAAAUCAUCACUCCUGUUUUUAUGAAAUCGAAAUUUAUGCUCUCUCAAUAUUUAUCAUCCGUGUUGCGCAAGUAUCACCACUUUAGGCACUUUAUCCAGAGGGAACUAUUUGCCAAAAUUGAAGCGGCGAAGGAUGUACUUUUGCACCAUUUCGAACGGAGCAAUUUGAACGGUUCAGGCAAAAAAAAAGAAAAAAUGACAGAGGGGCAUAAAACAUACGAAAAAAAUAUGAACAGUUCAGAAAAAAAAAGCGAAAAAGAAAAUGCACACAUUGAGCUAGCUACAAUGAGAAAAGAGAAAAUAAAUAAAAUGUUGGCUCAGAAUAGGAAAAUCAGCGAACUGAACAUAUACUUGAAAUAUUUCUUAAGUCAAAAGUUCACAUCGGACAAAAGUGUAGAGCAAAAUAUCACCUACAUAAAUAAAUAUCAAAAAAUUAAAUUAAACUGUACAGGAUUUCUUUUUUUUUUUUGUUACCUUUUGAAAUAUAUAAUAAAAGAAACAAAAUAUGAUACUCACCACGGUUUUAUUGACUCCAGUGUGAUCAUUCAGUUGUUGUGCGAUUACGUGUACCACUUGAUAUUUUACAAACACGACGUUCUCUGCUAUAAGUGCAUGAAUGGAGGGGAAUUAAUCAUGUGUGAUUUUUUUGGAUGCACUCACGGAUGGCAUUCCUACUGCCUAUGCUCGAAUGGCGCAGCAGAAGAGGGCAAGUCGGACCGAAAGUGGAUCUGCCCCAGCUGCCUCAGCACGAAGUUGUCCCAGAUUUUUAAGCGGGGCUGCUAUAACCAAAAUGAAAUCAUACAGAAUUACUGGAAGAGAAGAGUUUACAUUUACAAAAUAAAGUUCUUUCUCUCGAGAACACGCCGGAUAAGGCGACGAUUAGACCAGUUGCAAGUGGAGCUCUCCAAAAGGGUUAGCUGA